CUGCCCCUCGGCCUCCUCCUCGUCGUAGUAAAAGGAAGCGAAAAAAUAUCGAAGAAUUUUUCGGAGCUCCGUAUCGCGUACGACACCCGAACCCAGCCCGAGGUCUCGGCGCCGCGCGGUGGCGGGGAAUCAGCGGCAGGCCAGGUCGGCGCUCUCUUGGGCGGGGUGCGAUGUACCCGGUGGUGACGGGGCCGCCGCCGGCGCGGCUGCCGGCGUCGUCGCGGGUGGACAAGGCGACGAGCCACCUGCUGCAGGGCCCCGACUGGGCCAUCAACCUCGAGAUAUGCGACACCCUCAACGCCGACCGCUGGCAAACGAAGGAUGUGGUAAAAGCUCUGAAGAAACGGUUGCAGCAUAGGGAUCCAAGAGUGCAAUUUCUCACAUUGACGCUGUUGGAGACAGUGAUGAAGAACUGUGGUGAAUAUGUCCAUUUUGAAGUUAUUGAACAAAAUAUUUUGCAGGAAAUGGUUAAAAUUGUCCAAAAGAAGCAUGAUAUGCAAGUGAGGGAUAAAGUAUUGGUACUUCUGGACUCAUGGCAAGAAGCAUUUGGUGGACCUGGAGGCAAAUAUCCUCAGUACUAUUGGUCAUACAUUGAACUUAAGAGGUCAGGAAUAAUGUUCCCGCGACGUCCUCUAGAUGCGCCUCCAAUAUUUACUCCCCCUGCAACGCGUCAUGCUCAACCCUAUGGUUCACCUACAUAUCCUGCUGGAAGUCUGAAUGAGAGAAUGGCAUCCGAUGUUGAAACUCUGAGUUUAGGGGACUUGAAUAAUAUUAGAGAUACAACAGAAUUGCUGUGUGAUAUGGUGAAUGCUUUGAAUCCUUCUGAUCGCAUGGCUGUUAAAGAUGAAAUUAUUACAGAGCUUGUUAGCCAAUGCCGAUCAAAUCAACAAAAGCUCAUGCGAUUUGUCAGUUCCACAGGGAAUGAGGAGCUACUGAAGCAAGGCUUGGAAAUCAAUGAUCGCUUACAGGGCAUACUUGCAAAACAUGAUGCUAUUGCUGCUGGAUCUCCUUUGCCAGUUGAAACACCAAGGAGAGACGAGAUACCCAGAGAAGAUCCAAAAGUAAAGUCAUCUGCACCUCCAAUUGUACCUCCAUCUGCACCUCCAGUUGAAGAGGAUGAAGAUGAUGAGUUUGCUCAGAUAGCAAGAAGAAAAAACAAAUCUGUGAUAGAUAGUAACGAGGCAUCAUCCAGUGCUGGUGAUCAGGCCCUUGUACCUGUUGACCCAGCAACUUCUGAAACCUCAUCUUCUGUCGCGAGCAAUGCAAUGGUUCCUGUUGACUCAUCUCCUGCCAGUGGUACUCGGACAAAAGAGCAGGACAUGAUCGACCUUCUAAGCCUCACCCUGUACACUCCCCCUGAAGCAUCUACAGGUUCUUCUUCACAGAGCCAAAAUAGCACUCAGCAGCCUGUCAUGUCAAAUGGGCCCGAAUUACCACCGAAUUAUCAGCCUGCUGCAUCAAAUGGAUCACAUUACUCUUCAAACCAGCAGGCACAUCCGACGAAUCAAGCUUACACCCCAUACAACAAUUAUGUUGCUCCUUGGGCCCAAACUGGACAAGGCACACAGGCAGGAGCAUACCAACCUCAGCCCAUGCAGUAUGCAUCUAGCUACCCAGCACCACCAUGGGCGAUGCCAGCGAGUGUCAACUCAACUAAUCCUUUUCAGCCUGCCACAUACCGGACGCAGAACCCUCCUGUCACUUCUGCUGCUCCAACAAAUACUUAUCCAACUCCUUCAUCUCCGUAUGCUGCUCCCCCAAGGCAACAUGUGCCAUCCCCUACCCGACCCAUGCAAGCCACGCAACAAAAUAGCUCUUUUGGUUCUCAAACAAGAAAUGGUCCAGCCAUGGCUCAGGAUGCUAGAAUGAAUGGGACUCUACGGCAACCAGAAGCUCCAGCGGCCGCAGCCAAACCAUACUACAUGCCAGACAAUUUAUUUGGUGAUUUGAUUGAUGUGAAGAGUUUCGGUGGAGGUAAGAUGAGCAGAACGACGAGCAUGCCUAGUCCAAAUGGCAGUAGUCAACCUUUGCUGGGUGGGAAGAAAUAGCUUACUGAAUUUAAGGCUUCGAGCUAGCUGCUACUGCUGUUCCAGCUUGGUGUACAUUUGCGGUAUAUUUGUCAAGGUUUUGUGUUGGUUACAUUGGUUAAUUUCGUGGUUGCCGAUUGUAAUAUAAAAGAGAUAAGUAGAGCAUUAUUGCUGUAAAUGAUCGAUGACAUUCAUUAGAGGGUGGGCUCUUGCUCA